AUGAGCUUGACAUUCCGAGAAGGGCUUCUGCCCAGCUCGUCCAUAUGGGCCUUGCUUGUCCUCAUUGUGGCGUACGUGGUCUGGACCGUCAUCUACACGUUUACCCUGCACCCCCUUGCCAAGUUUCCUGGGCCAUGGUGGUUAGCUAUCAGUCGUAUACCGUACUGGAUCGUUGCCGUGCAAGGCGAGCAGAUCAAGCUCAUGAGGCGUUUGCAUGAAAAAUACGGACCUGUGAUUCGAUUCAGCCCAAAUGAGUUGAGCUAUACCGACCCGCAAGCUUGGAAAGAUGUGUGCGGGCAUUAUCCUGGCAACUCUGAGAAUUACAAGGCACAAGAGGCUCAUUUACCGCCUCUAAAUGGAACACCGUCUCUCCUCACGGCACCGUUUAGCGAUCACAGGCGAAUGCGCCGCGUCUUCUCCCCAGCCUUCUCGGACCGCAGUCUCAGACAGCAAGAGCCCCUGUUCCACAAGUACGUCGACCUGCUCAUCUCGAAACUGCGAGGCACCGACGGUCAACCAGUGCCGCUCGGCCAAAUGUUGAACUUUGCCACUUUCGACAUCAUGGGAGACCUCACCUUUGGCCAGCCCCUGGGGCUCCUCCAGAGCUCUGAAUACUCCUCGUGGGUCAAGAACGUAUUCGACGCCGUGCGAGUGCUCCCACUCAUCCAGUUCAUCGAGUACUACCCACUCUUAAGCAAGAUCUACAAAUAUAUCGAGCCCAGGAGCCUCAACAAGAUGAAGACGACGCAUUUCAAGCACUCGGCGGAUCGAGUGGACAAGAGGCUGGAGAAGAAAUCUGAUCAGCCCGACAUUUGGAACCUUGUCUUGGCAGCGGAGGAUGGGGGGAAAAUCUCUUUGAAUGAGAUGCAUUCAAACGCCGAUCUCUUCAUGCUGGCCGGUACUGAUACUACAGCCACGCUACUGUGCGGCCUGACUUAUCUUCUCUCGAUGGACACACAGCGAAUGUCAAAAGUGGCCAAGGAGGUCCGGGAACAAAAGAAAGCUCACGGCCUCGGCUUCGACUCAUUGGCAAAUCUCACCUACUUGAACGCCUGUAUCCAAGAAACCCUCCGCAUGUACCCGCCAGUUCCGGUGGGGAUCCCCCGAGGCAUCCCGGCAGAGAAUGGAGGUCGGAUGAUCUGCGGCAGAUGGGUCCCGACAGGCGUGCGGUGCUCCAUCCACCAGUAUGUCGCCUACCGGUCCGCGGCCAACUUCAAGGACCCGGACUCGUUCGUCCCGGAACGGUGGCUCGGCGACCCCAGGUACGCAGACGACCGACGCGAUGCCUGCCAGCCCUUUUCGUACGGACCUCGGAACUGCAUAGGGCAGAACAUGGCGUGGCACGAGAUGAGGCUCAUUUUCGCAUCGCUCCUUGCCAACUUUGAUUUGAAGAUUUGUGACGAGAGCCGUAACUGGAUGGAUCAGAAGGCAUACGUGCUAUGGGAGAAGAAGCAGCUGAUGCUUCAGCUGACACCGGUCGCUGAGGAGAUAGUCAUAAAGGGUCUGUAA